CUUACACACACACACAUCACACACAGAUUACACACAGUCACAGAGACACAGACAGUAUAACUGCUGCUGGAUCUGUUACUGCUCACAUUACCUGACCUUAACCGCCUCUCUCUCUCACUGAUCCAGAAGAGCAUGGUGAAGAUGGGACUGAACAGCGAGGGCUCUCAGCUCAGCUGUGGCUGUGGAAGCAGCUGCCUGGGUCCAAUGACUUUCCACUCAGAAGCCAAGGGCCAGCUAGUGACCCUCAGUGAAGAUGGCCGACGUGCAACCAGAGACACCUCGUCCUUCCGUCACGGCCUGAUCUUCAGCAGCAGACCGCUGAGGGUGCAGGAGAAAGUGUGCGUGCGUAUUGAGCGCUGUGUGAUGGGCUGGCACGGCGCUCUCAGGGUUGGCUUCACCAGCGUCGCACCAGGGUCCAGAGCCGUGCCCUCACUGGCCAUUCCUGAGCUAACAGACUUUCCUGGGUACUGGGCCAUUCCAGUGCCUGAGCAGCAGUGCCUGCCAGGAUCAGAGGUCAUUUUCUGGAUCGGUCCCAGUGGAUCCCUGCAUGUCCAGACAGCCGAUGGGCAGAGGCACAGGAUGAAAACCAGAGUGGACAAACACAAGCCGAUCUGGGCCAUGAUUGACGUUUAUGGGCAGACCAACACAGUCCUGUUACUUGGUUCAAUGAAGAAAUGCUUUUUCAGCACCCGCCGGUCGUGCCCUGUGCCCACAGUCGAACCUACAGAGGAGACCUGUGGCUACAGCAAUGUGCCCAUUGAGAUUCUGGAGAGGAUGAUGAACCAGAACAGCCUAGAAGAGCAAGAGAAUCGAAAGAAUGACAAUCUUUCCUGCUGUCAGAGCAACAGAAAAAGCACAGGUUAUGAAAGUAUGGAGGAAUGUGUCGUGUGUUACUCAGACAUUGCGGAUGUGAUGCUGACCUGUGGACAUCGGUGUGUGUGCUCUCACUGUGCCUGGAGGGUCCUCAGCGAGUUUGGAACAUGUCCUCUGUGUCGGUAUCGCUUGCGUCCAAUCGACUCUGAUGAUUGCACAUAGCUGAGAGUGAGGGAAAUGGAGGACAGAUUGAAUGUAUCAUAAAUGGUCUUUUAUAUUGACCAGAGCAAAUAGUCCAGAUUAUGUUUCAAUAAAACUUUUUUCUACAUUGACUUUCAGUGUAAAUUAGGAAAAGUUAAUGUUUCUGCUGUAAAGUUGCUGUAUUGGACAUAUGAGGGUUUGUUCAUGAUUGCACAUAAAACUCUGUAUUUCAGAACUAUAGUUCUCUGCUUAAUGCACUUUUAAACCUUUGCAGGAGAAACCACUACAAAAAAGGAAAAAAAGAAUGUUAAAACGUACUAAGGCACUGCACUACUAUAUUUCAAAUAAGCUUGUAAAUGUUUUUUUCUGUCUGUUUUUUUGUACGUAAUGUGUAAUUAUUAUAUAUGUGUAUUGUAUAUAUUUAUGUUUUAAUGUACUAAAGCACUGAAUGAACUUUAA